CACCCCAGAAGUGUUAUUUUUUGUAAGGGAGCAGGAAGUGUGAGGGUGGUUAGACAUCUUUCCUCUUCAAUCUCUCUUCAAGUGGGUUGAAUAACCCAGACUGCAGAAGAAACAGCAUGAUCUUUAACUGGUGGAGGCUGUGUCUGCUAAUGCUCAUGAUUUCCUCUCAAGUUUACUCAGCAAGAAAUGUGGUGGGUGUUGUUGGUGAAUCUGUAAAUCUCAGCUUCUCUAAACUCUAUCCUGGGCCCUACUCAGAAAUCUCUUGGUUUUACAAUGAAACUCAGAAGAUCUUGCUAUGGGAAAGAGAAGAGCAAACUAAAAUAUUUGAAACCAACCUGAAACCACGAAUCUGUCUUGCUGGUGAUAAUAUCACUUUACACAUCCAACAGCUUCGGAAGGAAGACAGUAGCACCUAUAAGCUCCAAACUUCCUUACUGAGUACAAGACAAGUACUCUCAGAGCACAUCAGACUGGAUGUAUAUGAGCGAUUGACAAAGCCCCAAAUUGCAUUGAGUCCUAGUUCCAGUGAUAAUGGCACCUGUCUCUUCAAUGCGACAUGUUCUGUGGAACAAGUAAGAGAGAAUGUUACAUACAACUGGAUACCUUUGGGACAGAGAAUUAAUGCAUCCAUUGAAGGACCCAUCCUCAGUGUCAGAUGGAAACCUGGUGACCAGGACCAGUACACCUGUAUUGCCAGGAACCCUGUCAGCAACAGUUCCUAUACUAUUUUUGCCAGUAAACUCUGUGCAGACAAGACCUCUAGAAUAUCCUUGAAGUUGCUAGUAGUCAUUCUGCCCUCCAUCUUCAACCUCCUGUUCAUUCUGAAUUAGACCUGAUUACGACUGCUUUGUUGGACUUCCAGAACUCAAUGAUGGGCAGGAAUGAAGAAGAAUGAAAAGAGAGAGUGGCCUUUUUCUCAUGUCAUUCUCUUCAGUAGGUGGAUCUGACAACUCCUUUCUUCUCUUCCAAGAUUUGAGGAUAAUAAGCAUUUUUAUAGUGUCUAUUAUGUUCUAAGAACUGUGGUAAAUAUUUUAUAGAUAUUUGUGAGGGUCAAUUGACCCUCACAACAAUCAUGUGACAUAGGAAGCAAGAUGGAGA